AUGUCUCCCACCAUGGUGGAACACAACAGCUUGGAUGUGAUGUAUCUGAACAAAUACUGCAACAGCUCUUCAUCGUCAUCCAGCUCGGAGAACGACAAAAAGAUUUGGACAAAGCUGAAGCUGAACUUGGCCGAAGAAUACCCGAAGAAGAACGCGGAGAUCCUGAGUGGACAAUACGGGACCAACCUGUUGCUGAUUGGAGCGGCGCUCAUGCUCGCCCUGGCCUACCACAGCCCAUCGGUCAAGGAAGACCACUUGUUGUCCUUCCUCACCUGCCUCAUGAUCCUCCAGCUCGUCUGGAUGCUGUGGUACAUGCUGGUGCGGAGCAGACACAAGAAUGCGCGUACCGAGAAGGACGUCCAUGCCACCACAUGCUGGAUCAGAGGCGGUUUGACUCUUCUCGCGCUCCUGUCAAUGAUUAUGGACGUGUUCCGAAUCGGAUAUUAUGUCGGAUAUCAAUCUUGCGUGUCGGCCGUUCUCGGGGUGUAUCCUGUCAUCCAUGCAAGUCACACCAUAGCGCAGGUGCACUUUCUCUGGUUUCACAUCAAGGACGUCAUCAAGAGUUUUGAAACGUUAGAGAGAUUCGGCGUCAUCCACGCCGUCUUUACCAACCUCCUCCUCUGGUCCAAUGGCGUGAUGUCCGAGGCCGAGCACUUCUUGAACAACCAUAAGAGAAGGCUUUCCGCUCUGGGCUACGGAAACCUCACUAUAGUUCACACCGAGCCUCAAUGUAACUGCAGCACCAGCACUUGCUCCAUGUUCUCCAGCAGCCUCUACUAUCUCUACCCCUUCAACAUCGAAUACCACAUCUUCGUCUCCGCCAUGCUCUUUGUCAUGUGGAAGAACAUCGGAAGGACCAUCGACCUUUCUUCCAAUCGGAAACGGCUGGCGACCAAAACCCAAGGUUUGACCCUGGGGCCCAUUCUGGGACUGGUUGCCCUCGCCAGUACCAUCGGGAUUCUGGUGGUCUACGUCACGCACGUGGAGGGUUCCGUUCAAACGCGGCGCUCGGCCAUUUCCAUGUUCUACAUCUACGGCAUCGUCAUGCUGGCGUUGAUGUGCUCCGCCUGCGCUUCGGGUUUGCUCAUAUACCGAGCGGAUCACAUGGCGCCCGACAGCUCCAAAAACCCCUCGAGGCAGCUGGACACGGAGCUGCUCUUUGGAUCGUCCAUCGGCUCCUGGUUCAUGUCCUGGUGCAGCGUCGUGGCCGUGGUGGGAGCCAGCAGCAGCCCCCCCUAUCGCUGGACCAACUUGAUCUAUUCCUUGCUUGUUGUCUUAGAGAAGUGCAUCCAAAACCUCUUCAUCGUGGAAUCCCUCUACCGCCGGGAGGACGACGCCGGGCGGGUUGACCCCGAAUUAGUGGCGUCACCCGAAAUCUUCUCGGUGACUUCCUCCUUGGCCCCGCCUUACAGCGGCAUCUUCAACCGAGCCUACGACGCACCCAACAGGGCGUGUGUCGCCAUCGACAACGAGCAGGAAGACAGCGGACGGGUGUACAAAUUAGCCGAGGUGCCUAAGCCUUUCGGAAGCCAAGUAGCCAAUGCGCCAAAUAUCAAGAGGCGAAUCCUGAAGAAUAUCGCCGUCUUCUUGAUUAUGUGCAACAUCUCGCUGUGGAUCCUCCCCGCCUUUGGCUGUCGACCACAGUACGAAAACGGGCUGGAACAAGAGGCCUUCGGUUUCAACAUCUGGACUACGACUCUCAAUUUUGCGGUUCCUUUAAACCUUUUCUACCGCAUGCACUCGGUUGCUUCUCUGUUUGAGGUCUUCCGCCGCGUCUGACGGAG